UGGAAGCGGAAGCGGAGCCACACCGUGGAAGAGGCCCAAGGAAGGAAGGAAGGAAGGCCGAGGGAGGCCGAGAGCGAGACGGGGAAGAGGCCAGCCUCUGCGUGGAAUAGGGGGUUUUCGGCCAUUCGAUGCCUGCGAUGCUGGAUAAGGCAUCGAAUAGUAUCGGAAUCGGCACCACAGGCAAUCUGCUCCACUUACUCGCAGCAUUUCAGCCCUGUCACUCCUCCCCCCACCACUCCCUGUGUUGUGAAUCCAUUCCGCUCAGCGACUGUGUUUCCUCCUUUGGAACUCGGUUGGUAAGCGAUGGCGUCCUCCGUCGCCUGUGGUUCGUCGCUCAAGAUGGCUACAUUCGAGGGCCUGUCUGCCCGCUCUCUGGGCCUUCGAGGUGCGGAGCCUGUAGGCGCCGUUGACACGCUGAUCGGGGAGAGCCCUGUCCGGCGCGACGGCCGUGGCAGCUCUGUUGUGACUGCCGGAUUGAAGGACCUGAGGGAUCGAAUUGCUACCGUAAAGAACACGCAGAAAAUCACUGAUGCCAUGAAGCUCGUGGCUGCCGCCAAGGUGCGUCGUGCUCAGGAGGCCGUGGUGAACGGACGCCCAUUCUCGGAAAACCUCGUUAAGGUGUUGUACAAUGUGAACGAGCAGAUCUCUACCGACGAUAUUGAUAUUCCUCUCACCACUGUGAGGCCUGUGAAGAAGAUUGCGCUUGUUGUGAUCACUGGAGACAGGGGAUUGUGCGGUGGUUUCAACAACUACGUGCUGAAGAAGGCCGAGCUGAGGAUGGCUGAGCUCCGCAACAUGGGAGUCGCCUACACCAUAGUGAGCAUUGGUAAGAAGGGUAACAGCUACUUCAAGAGGAGGCCCGAUAUCCCAGUGGACAAGUUCUUGGAUGCCGGCAACGCCCCCACUACCAAGGAAGCCCAGGCCAUAGCUGAUGAGCUGUUUGCUCUCUUCGUCUCGGAGGAGGUUGACAAGGUGGAGCUCUUGUACACUCGAUUCGUGUCGCUUAUCAAGUCCGACCCUAUCAUCCACACCCUGUUGCCACUCUCCCCAGCCGGCGAGGUUUGUGACAUCAGUGGAAACUGCGUAGAUGCCGCCGAUGACGAGAUGUUCAGGUUGACCACCAAGGACGGGAAAUUCUCCGUGGAGAGAGAAACCGUGAGGACCGAAACCGCUGAGUUCGGUGGGGUGCUCACCUUCGAGCAGGAGCCCGUGCAGAUCCUUGACGCUCUGCUGCCCCUUUACCUCAACAGCCAGCUCUUGAGAGCUCUGCAGGAGUCCAUUGCGAGUGAGCUUGCCGCUCGUAUGAAUGCAAUGAACAACGCAUCAGACAAUGCUGCUGACUUGAAGAAAAGCCUUUCCAUCUCAUACAACAGGCAGCGUCAAGCCAAGAUCACUGGAGAGAUUCUGGAGAUUGUGGCUGGUUCCGGCGUGACUGUCUAGACCACUUGUCGACCUCCCAUGGAUAGGAUUCCCCUUGUGUGGAUGUCUUUCCUAAAAACUGGCGUUCUUGCAUUUCUGUACACUAGGCGAACGAGAGUAGUGAUUAUAAGGGAAUCAUCGGACUGACCUGCAUAUUGCUAUUCAUCUGAUGAUCAUUGUUCUCAGAUCACUGCAAUUCAUCAUCGCCGAGUUUUUUGUGGUGGUAACCAACCAUUCCGAGCAUUGUCUCUGAUUCCGUGUCAA